AAAAAAAAAAAAAAGCAACUGUUUUAAAAAGCUAUAAUAUAAUCUAUAAAUAUAUAAUUUCCUCUCCUUUUAUCAUUCAUCAAACAGAUAAGAAUUCUUAUCUUCUGCACAUAUGUCCACAAUGCUAUUUGCUAUGACGCUCAUUUUAUACGAUCGCGUGUAAACUGUUCGCUAUUAAUUGUGGAAAGUAAUAACAAAUUAAUAUAAAAUGGAUGUGUUAAAACAAUUAAUAAAACAAAAGCUAAUAGUAAGAACAAUUGCGGGUGUAAUUACUGGGAUUAUAACAGGUGCUGUCCUGAAAGUUUCUACAGGUCAACCAUGGUCUGAACGAAAUAUUAUGUAUCUAAAGUUUCCUGGAGAACUAUUUAUGAGGCUGAUAAAUUGUUUAAUACUACCUCUUUUAACAUCUAGUAUCGUGAGUGCUACUUGCAAUUUAAAGAAAUCAGGUUGCAUUGGAUUAAUGGUACUGUACUAUUACACAACAACAACAACGCUUGGAGUAAUACUAAGUGUUAUACUCGUUCAAACGAUAAAACCUGGAGAAUUGCAUAAAAAUGGAAGUAUUGUAUCGCAAAAUACAACCAAAUAUUUCAUCACAGAGGAUACAGUGUUAGAUUUAUUUCGCAAUUUGAUACCGGAUAACAUAGUAAAUGCGUGCAUAAACCAGUAUCAAACUUCGUUAAUAGAACCAAUGGAUGGGUCAGUGUCAAUAGACGAAUGGGAAAUAAGUCACAAAAAUGUGUCAGGAACAAAUGUUUUAGGCUUGGUAUCCUUUAGUUUAAUACUGGGUUUAGCAAUUGGAAACAUAGACACUAAGGGUGAACCUUUAAAAAACUUUUUUCAGUCUGUGUCAGAGUCGGUGACGAAAAUGAUGAAUUGGGCAAUAAAGAUAGUACCAGUAAGUGUACUGUUUCUUAUUGCUGCAAAAGUAUUAGAAGUGGAAGAUUUUGGUGACGUCAUAAAACAACUAGGAAUGUACAUAUUCACUGUGUUCAGUGGUCUACUUAUACAAGGUUUUAUUGUGCUUCCUUUGCUAUAUUUUACAUGCACCCAUCAGCCUCCAUAUAAAAUUAUAUCUAAACUAGGACCAGCUUUUGCUACUGCAUUUGGUACCUCAUCCAGUACAGCUACAGUUCCAGUAACACUCGCGUGCUUAGAACGUAUAGGAAUACCAUCCAAGAUAACUAGAUUUAUUGUUCCAAUUGGUGCUGCAAUAAAUAUGGAUGGCAUAGCACUAUAUGAAAGUAUUGGUGCAAUUUUUAUAAUUCAAUUACACGGACUCCAAUAUUCGUUAUUUCAAGUCAUAAUAAUCAUCAUUACAUGUACUUUAUCGUGUAUCGGUGCUGCUGGCUUACCCAGUGGCGGAUACGUAAUGCUAAUAAUGGUACUAAAUUCUGUGGGAGUGCCAGCGGAAGAUGUUUCGUUAAUUAUAGCGAUCGAUUGGCUUGUAGAUCGUUUCAGGACCACUAUGAACAUAAUAGCUGAUGCUCUAGGCGCCGGGAUAGUAACCCAUUACUACGAAAAAAGAAGGCGAAAUUCUGUACCUGAAGACAUAGAAUUAUGCGACUCGAAUAGGAUAACUUGUAAUUGACUUCUUAAUAAAAGUCAGGGUAAUGAUCACUCUAAUUUUCUAUCCGUUUCAAUAAUCACUAAGAUUUUACUUUGAUUUGUCAACUAAAAUGAACUAAACGGAAACUGACUGAAACCAACAUGGCGGACGGAUGAGCAACAGCUUCCUGCGCACACUCAACGCAGACUUCAAUUUCGCAUCUUGAACAUUCUAUCAUACUCUAUGGUGAGAAACUAGCGAGCGGAACUAACCUAUCUGACGAGCUAGCACCAGCGACUCCUGUGAUAUUUUCUAGAAGCGAGCUGCCUAUAUGUGAGCGGUGCGUGUAUAGGAG